CCUAAACGGUGGAUUCUGUUUACCCCUAACCCUCUCUUCAUUCUUCCGCCGCUGCUCGGCGGUUCGACGAACGGCGUCACCGUUCUCCGCCGCGCCAGAUCUGGCUAGAACUUCUCGAAAGCAAAAUAGUACCACAUUGUUUAGCAUGACCCACCUUCAUUAAAAUCCUAUGCAACUGCACCAUCCUCGUGUUCACUUCUAACCGCAUAUUUCUUCCCUCACUCACUCAUCAAUCUCUCUCUCACUUUCUCUUCUCUUUCAUCCAAAUGGCCACGUUCGGAGCUGCAAAUACCAACCCCAACAAAUCCCACGAGGUUGCACAACCUCCUUCUGAUUCCAUUUCGAGUCUUUCGUUCAGUUCCAAGGCCAAUUUCCUCGUUGCUACUUCAUGGGACAACCAGGUUCGGUGUUGGGAGAUAACAAGGAAUGGGACUGUUGUCAACAGUACUCCCAAGGCUUCGAUUUCUCAUGACCAGCCGGUUUUGUGCUCCGCUUGGAAGGAUGAUGGAACCACAGUUUUUUCUGGGGGAUGUGACAAGCAGGUGAAGAUGUGGCCGCUUACGUCUGGUGGGCAACCAAUGACUGUUGCGAUGCACGAUGCUCCUGUGAAAGAUAUUGCUUGGAUACCGGAGAUGAAUCUUUUAGCCACGGGAAGCUGGGACAAGACCUUGAAGUAUUGGGAUACUAGGCAGUCAAAUCCAGUGCAUACUCAACAACUUCCUGAACGCUGCUAUGCACUAACAGUGAAACAUCCUCUGAUGGUAGUGGGAACUGCGGAUAGAAAUCUGAUUGUCUUCAACUUGCAAAAUCCUCAGACUGAAUACAAGAGAAUCGUAUCUCCCCUGAAAUAUCAGACAAGGUGUGUUGCUGCUUUUCCAGAUCAACAAGGUUUUUUGGUUGGCUCAAUAGAAGGAAGGGUUGGAGUACAUCAUCUGGAUGAUGCACAACAAAGCAAGAAUUUUACAUUUAAAUGCCACAGAGAGAACAAUGAGAUAUAUUCAGUCAAUGCCAUAAAUUUCCAUCCGAUACAUCACACUUUUGCAACUGCUGGAUCUGAUGGUGCUUUUAAUUUCUGGGAUAAGGACAGUAAACAGAGACUCAAGGUUAUGCAAAGGUGUAGUCAGCCCAUACCUUGCAGUACAUUCAAUAAUGAUGGUUCCAUAUUUGCUUAUGCGGUUUGUUAUGAUUGGAGCAAGGGUGCAGAAAAUCACAAUCCAGCUACAGCAAAGAGCUGCAUAUAUUUGCACUUACCACAGGAGUCUGAGGUUAAAGGUAAGCCAAGAGCUGGAGCAACGGGUAGAAAGUGAAGUUUGGUGCUCAAGUUCCAUUGUCUUGGUGCACUCAUAGGGUCAUUGAAACUGGAAUCACCAGAUUAUAAUUCAUACAUUGUUUUUGUUAAUCUAAAAUUUUCUUAGCUCCCCCCAUUUUUCUACCCCAGCAAUGUACUAAAUCAUGAUUUUUAGGGUUAGGCCUAUGCUCUUUUAUCACAUGGACAGAUUCAGAUGAAGCUGACAUCUUUUACGGUUUAUGUGGAUGGGUCGUGAUGGAUUAUUCUUUCUACAGUACAUAGAAAAGUAAUGUAGGAGGAUCAUUUCUUGAUCCCAAUCUCACCAUCCUUAAUGAUAACAUAUCUCUUAUUAUGAUCA